AUGAGCGCAGUGGCUGCCCAGUACCUGAGCUGCGUUAUGGAGCAAAAGGGCGCAGAUCGCGUCCGUCUGCUGCUGCGCCAGAGUGUGAGGAUGAUUAUUGCGCCUGAGUGUGAAGUGUGUGCGCGCUGCGUCAGGCCUGAGAAGGUCUCCAAACCUCAGAUGGAGAAACGCAGACGGGAGCGGAUCAACCACAGUCUGGAGACGUUACGACUUCUGGUGCUGGAGAGCACAAACAGUGAGAAACUAAAGAAUCCAAAGGUGGAGAAGGCUGAGAUCCUGGAGAGUGUGGUGGAGUUCCUGAAGACAGAGAGGGACACUGAGAAGGGUCACCAGGCCGUGAAGAGGGUCCUGUCCAGCGAGCAGAGGCCGACCUGCUCCCGCCAGCAGAGCUACGAGGACGGCAUGAGGACCUGCUUGCUGAGGGUCAGUCAGUUCGUAGCCAGCAAGAGCCAGGAGGACACCGGAGGGGGCGCAGUUCAGGCUCCUUUCCCGCUUCCUGAGCCCCAAACUCACUCCUCCGCUCCGGGGCGCAUCCACAUCCAUCCUGCCGGGGAUUCAGCAGCUCUGUCUCCUCAGCACCACAGCAGCGGCCUCCACUGCGACACCAGCAGCCUGCUGCCCUCCACAGCCUCCACGCACAUGACUGAUCCAGUGUGGAGGCCUUGGCCUUGAAGUCACAUGGAGCUGCAGUGUGAUCAUGUUGGACAUCUUAAAAUCUUUCAAAAUAUUUUGCACAGUGAUGAUUU